GAAAUCGACAUUCUUAACCACACUUUCAAAGUUCAUAAUACUCCAUACCAUAACCUCUCCGAACGCAUUGUUAUUGUGUUAAACUGAGUGUUCCAAGGAAGAAUAUGGGAAAUAUGAAGAAGGGUCUGGAUAUGACAGCGAGCGAGGAUAGCGGCGACGAGGAUGUGUCCAGUAGCAGCGAUGUCAGUAUGAGUGAUUCCGAUUCGGAUUCUGACUCUGGAUCAGAUGUGUCUCAGAGCGAGAUUGAUACUAUGGUAACACAGUAUGAUCAUGGUGAGGAAGAGGAAGAUGAAUUGAUAAAGGCUAUCAAGAAGGAACACACAAAGAAGAGGGAUCAUCCUCCAAUGAUAAAAUGUGAAGACCAUAUUGUCAAGAUUUCGUUUCAUCCAAAUGAGGAUUUGAUAGCAGCAGCCUUGAUAACAGGAGAUGUUCUUGUAUACAGAUAUGGAAAUGAGGAAAAUAAAUUGGAAUCUACUUUGGAGCUUCACGCUAAGGCUUGCAGGGAUAUAAGUUUCAGUGGAGAUGGAAAGUAUUUGCUUUCAGCAUCAAAAGACAAAUGUGUUGUGAUCUCUGACGUUGAGACUGAGCAAAUGGUUAGAGUUUAUGAGAAAGCACAUGAGAACCCGAUUAAUUGUGUUAGAGUCAUUGAUGAAAAUUUGUUUGCUACUGGUGAUGAUGAAGGUGUUAUAAAAUUAUGGGAUCAAAGGGAGAAUAAUCUUAAGCACAUAUUCAAGCUCAAAAAGAAUGAAGAUACCAUUACAGACAUUGUAACUCAUGAUGAAAAGAAAUAUAUGCUUUGCUCCAGUGCUGAUGGCACUUUAACCACAAUAGACUUGGCAGAGAGACAGUUCUUUGUGCAAUCUGAAGAAUAUGAAGAGGAUUUGACUGCUCUUGGUUUGUUUAAACAAGAAACUAAAUUGCUCGCAAGUACUUCGAGGGGCAAGCUACUUUUGUUUAAUUGGAACGAAUUUGGUCUGCAUAGCGAUAUGUUCCCAACGACUGAUACGAACAUCAACGCUUUAAUCCCGAUCACUGAAAAUAUCGUUGUCACAGCUUGCGACGAUGGCGUUUUAAGAGCUACACAUCUAUUCCCACAUCGACAUUUAGGUAUCGUCGGUCAACAUGAUUUGGUUAUAGAGAGCGUUGAUAUCUGCAAUAACGGAAAAUUCAUUGCAUCUAGUGGGCAUUUCAAUGACAUCAAAUUUUGGAACAUUCAAUAUUUCGAGGACUUUGAGAAGGUCGACAAGAAGAACACUAAGCGGAAAGAGUCGGAGAUGAAUCUGCCGUCGUCCAAACGUCAGAAUGUCGCUGAUUUCUUUAGUGAUUUAAGUUAAAUUAUUGUAUUUUUUAUUGUUCCCAUAUAAUUAUAUCAUUUUUGACAUAUCAAAUAGUGACA